AGCUUCCUCCCUUGACCCAGCCUUUGCCUUCCCGCAAGCCAAUCUCCGCGUGGAAACUUGGCAGUUUGACCAAUCAGAGUAAAUUUCACCUCCCUCACCAAUAGCUUGCCAAUCAAAACGACACUUGGGUUCCCGCCUAGGGAGAAAACCCCGCCCCAGCUUGUGUGCUUCCUAUGCCGCCAGAUGCCUCGGGGCGUACGGACCAAUCAGUGAAGGCUACGCCCCCUCACGCGCUCCUUGCCAAUCGAGACGCGGCUCGCUCUGCAGCUUCUUCCGGCGAGGAUCCUUUGAUAGCUCCACCUCUCAGCCCGCACUGCCAUUUUCUACCACGUGAUUGCCGAAGGGGCGGGCAUAAGUUGCGAGUUCUACCACGUGACGUGAGAAAACCUGUGUGCGGCAGCCGCCAUUUUGCGAGGAGACGGGGCGGGUGUUUUCCAACUCCGUUCAUUUUCCCCGGGCAUCGCCGCUCUUUCCGGCCUCCCGGAAAGGCUCAGAGCCUUUCCCAACUCGCAGACUUUGUUUCUCAGUUAUUCCAGGACCCUGUCUACAACUAGGCAGUUUUCUCUACCCAGUGUCCUUUUUGACCUCUGGCUCAAAGAUCAGCUCAGAGGUUCGAACUUCGGCUUGGGGGUGGGGGUGGGGAACAGAGUCUAAUUACCCCAGUCCUUAGCUCGAGACUCCUAAACCCCACGUUUUAGGCGCUACACCCCAAGAUUGAGGCCCGUUAUCCCAAAAUUUAACUCAUGAGUUUCCAAGUCUUGACCUGGACAAGUUAACUCCUAAUCUCCUCCCCUCUCGUCCCGCAAACCAACCCGCCCCAGCCCCAUACUAGCGGAUGUGAGAUUAAAAGACCCCACCCUGUUAACUCUCAGAUCCUCGACUUGAGCCUGCACAAGCCCUGCGUCCACCUUGUUCGUUUCCCAUUGUUCUGCUCUCAUGUUCUAGGACUCAGCUGUAAAACCUUCGUAAUCCCCAUCUCUGCAGCCAACCUUAAACAGCAUUUUGAAGGAUCCUUCCCUUUCGCAUUUCCACCGAGCUGCUCUCAAGUACUCCGAAAUGACUUCUCCAUGCUCAUCUCUAGAGCCCCCAGUCCUUCCUCCCAGCGCCCCUACACCCCAGGCCUCCAUUCCACCUCUCGUGCCUCCAAAUUCCCCGGAUGUAACUUUUCUACCCAUUUCCUCGAGUCUCCAGACCCCUUUUCCCCCACCACCCCCACUGCCGCCUCCACCUCCUGCUUUGGGGCUUGCUCCCCCUCACGUCUUCGGCAUGGAAAAGAGCCAGCUGCUGAAGGAGGCCUUGGAGAAGGCCGGCCCAGUCCCCACCGGCAGAGAGGAUGUGAAGAGACUUCUGAAGCUGCACAAGGACCGUUUCAGAAGUGACCUGCAGUGGAUCCUCUUCUGUGCUGAUCUGCCGUCCCUCAUCCAAGAAGGCCCUCAGUGCGGGCUAGUGGCCUUGUGGAUGGCAGGCACUCUCCUGGCGCCCCCCAACGGUGUCCCCUUGGAGAGACUGAUGCAGGUGGCACUGGAGAGAGGCUACACCGCCCAGGGGGAGAUGUUCUCUGUGGCUGACAUGAGUAGGCUGGCCCAGGAGGUCCUGGGCUGCCAAGCUGAGGUGCUCUCCGGUGGCCUGGGCAGCCCCAACAGAGACCGUGUCCUGCAGCACCUCAUCGCUGGACACCUCCUGCUCAUCCCGUAUCCCAGAGCUGUGGAGGGGGCAGGGUUGGGUGGCAAAGGGUCCCUGGGCCAAAUCAUAGACCACAGCUUUGGCCUUAAUGCUAGUGCCAGUUACGACGAGGACUUCAACCAUGAGCCAUGUCAGAGGAGGGGCCACAAGGCUCACUGGGCGGUGAGCGCAGGGGUCCUGCUGGGUGUGUCAGGUGUGCCGAGCCUUGGCUAUGCUGAAGACCCAGAGUUCUCGGGCCUGUUCCACCCUGUGCCCAGUAUGCCCUGCCAGCCACCACCUCUGCCAGAGGAAGGCUCUCCGGGAGCCAUCUACCUGCUGUCCAAGCAGGGCAAGAGUUGGCACUACCAGCUGUGGGACUACGACCAGGUCUGUGAGAGCAACCUGCAGCUGACAGACUUCUCGCCAUCACGGGCCACCGAUGGCCGGUUGUACGUGGUGCCCGCUGGUGGGCUACGGUCUGGCCUCUGUGGCCAGGUCCUGCUCCUCAGACUGCAUGAUGCUAGCCACUAGUCUGCUGCAGCCCUCAUCCCAGGCUGAUGUGCCUAGCCACAGCCUGGCUCUGUCACCCCGUGACGAGUGUCCCCUGCCACUCUUUCUGUGGAACAGCUGAGGCUUUGGGCUGGAUUUCUUAGGGCCUCUAGCCCAGCGUUUCCUCACAUAAGGUCCCCCGCACCUCUCCAUCUGUUCUCAACCCAGAAACCUGGGCAGUGUGUUCCACCUCACCUUAGCCUGUCAGCCCCACUACUGAGCACCCUUGUGUCAGGUGCUGCUGGUGACCACUCUGUUUUAACCCACCUUCAUCUCUCUGGGCAUCUGAAGAAGCCUCUUCACUGGGCUCCCUGCUGCCCCCAGUCUGUUCUCACCGGCUCCUCGUUGCUCACAUGGGGACUAAUUCCCGUAAUCUGCAAGACCCCAGAGACGAGGCCCCAGUUCACCUAUCUUCCCCCACAGUUUCUGCCUUCCAGUCGGGCUGGGCUUUCCAUCCCUAAAGUGUCAUACCACCGUUCCGGGACCCUCUGCCUUCCCGCUCACCAGGAGAGCCCCUUUACUUCUCGUCUGGGCUCAGCUGAGGUAUCACUUCUUUUGGGGACCGGGGAGGGGGUUCCUUCAGCCCAGGCUAGGCCCUGCCCCGUCCUCUGCACCCUGUACCCACACAUUACUCACGUUAACCUGUCAAUCCUCUAACCCUGUGAGGCUGCAGAUUUUCUGCAGUUUACAGGUGCGGGGAGAAGCCUUGUUACUGGCCUGAGGUUAUGUGGCUGCCAACAGGCAGACCCAGGAGUCGCACCAGGCACUUAGCACCCAAUGACCAGCAGCAGGGCUGGCUCUGCCUGCCUGCCUGCCUUUUUCAUCACGGCACCCAUCAGAAUGUGUUUUUCCUGGCUCUCUACACAGAUGUAUAUGCCAUGGGUAUGUGUGAUGGCUGCAUUAAUGAAUACUUGUUGCCCCACUGGAGCCCUGGUGGCGCAGUGGUAAGAGUUUGGCUGCUAGCCAAAAGGUUGGCAGUUCGAAUGCACCAGGCACUCCUUGGAAACCCUGUGCGGCAGUUCUACUCUGUCAUGUAGGGUCGCUAUGAGUCGAAUGAUCUCUACAGCAAUGGGUUUGGUUGUUUCUUGUGCGUCACCUCACUGGAUUGGGUGCUGUAAAAGGGGAGGAACAGUUCUGUUCUGGUCACUCCUGUGUCCCCAGGGCCCCCACAGUUUUCCAUUAGGGGCUGUGUGCUGGAUAGUGUUUCUGAACGGUGGCUGAGGUAGCCAAGAGGAGUAUCUCCCACCCCUGCCUCGGCUCUCUGCCUGCGCCUCCCAGUCCCACCCAACCUCUCCUGGUUGGCACUCCCUGCUACAUUGUCCUGGGAGUCCUUGAGGGCCCAGCUUGAAGCCCUUCUGUUCACCACUGUGUCCCUACACUGCCCAGCACAGAGCCAGGCACGAGUGAAUGUUUGUUGAGUGAGUAAACCAACCCACCCUGAGCCGCCUCUCUACCCCAAAGUGAUCAUUAUCCCAUUAUAACCCCCCACAACCGCCCUAGCACUAAUGCUCAGGCUAUGAGAGUCGAGCCCACACACCCCAGAUGCAAAGAAAACGACUCCACAAA